AUGGCCACUACAUUCGGUGUUUUUACCGGUAUUCUUGGUACCAUUAGCUUCCUCCAGAGCAACAUUCCAUCCAACGAUGGUACUUCCAGCAAGGUCCGCGUUUUUGUCGGGCUCGACGGAACUCAAGGACUCACCAAUGCUGGCGGGGAUGCACCAGACAUUCGUCAAUUCAACAACAAUCCCGAGUUUCUUGGGGCCAACUAUGACCCAGGUCACAUUGGUAGUGGUACUUACAAGGAUAUCAAGAUCGGCCAAAGUAGACAACAGCCAGUCUACACUCUUCUGACCGCCAACAAUGAUGCCAUUUGUAUUGCAUACAUGACUACUACCUGGCCUGAUGGAUCCCAAUACGCAUUUGCUGGGAACUGGGGCCACACCUGUGGUCAAGACUGGUACUACUCUGGAGUUUACCAGGACAACAAGGAACUAGAAUGCGUUUGGAUCGAUGGCAACGGGGACCGACCAGUCACAGCCUUCCAUGUCAAGUGGCCGGAAUUCAACGAAAACGGGUUUGCCACGACAGAUAGCAACAACAUCCAGAGCAAAUAUUGUGACUCUCCCAACGCCUUGAAUUUUCAGUAUGGCAACGAUCCUGGCACCAUUUACUACAAGAGGGACGCCGCUGAUUCAACGCGAUCUUACCCCCCUCCUGUUAAACAGCUUCAUCAGAAAGCUCCCACUUCCAGACGUUCCAUCGUGGACAACCGUCUGGUCAAAACCAGCAGACCUAGCCAAAGUGCUCGCACGUUGUGUGAAAGCGAGACAUCCUCGGGUCCAAACUUUGUCAAUCUGGCCGAGGGGUUGUACUGUGAUAUGCAGAAGAAAGAGCUUAUGCCCACUUGCACCGGGAUACUUGGCGAGACUUGUUUCGAUGUCGUGAGACUAGCGAGGAAAGUCGAUGGCAUCAUCGGUGACUUGCUCAACUUCGUUGACAUCAUUGACUGGGGCAACGGAACUGAUCUGUUUGACACUGCUGAUAAGGCUGUCGAUCUUGAUUUGCUACAGGGUCAAUGA